AUGACUGCCUUACCUUUGUAUAGGUUGGUUGUUUUCCAUCUGCUGGAAGUCAAUUUGAGCAAUCUGAUGGUGUUUUACUGCUGGUCGUUAGAGGAGGCUUUUCCUCUAGCCAAGAUGCUAAAUGAGAACGGCAUUUAUUCGCAAUACAUCGACCUGCAACAGGACCCUGAAAACUUGGCCAACAUCCACAAGGACUACUUGGAUAGCGAUUUAGUCAGGUUGGGUGUCUUUCUAGACAUGGGCUGUGACCAGGCUGAAUUUAUAACCAAUCAGUCCAGUCGAGCUCGCCUUUUUAACCAUAACUUACACUGGCUGCUUUACGAUGAGGAAGGUAACUUAACCAAGUUAACGCAACAAUUUGAGGGAGCCAAUCUCAGCCUGAAUGCGGACGUGACGUAUGUCAGUCGUGAAGAAGAGGAUGUAUUUACAUUGUACGAUGUCUACAAUAAAGGGAGCCACUUGGGGGGCAAGCUCAACAUCACCAUAGACCAGAGUCUUCAGUGCAAUCAAAGUCGCUGCCAGGUUAAGGAUUAUCUCAGUGAUUUGCAUCUGCGAACUAGACUACAGCACCGCUUGGAUUUAUCGAGCGUUACCUUUCGAUUGGCCGCUGUGGUUUCUGCGCUACCCAUUGAUUCCAGUGAGGAGGCACUUCUCGAAUUCCUUAAUAGCGACCGCGAUUCCCACAUGGACUCGUUUUCCCGCAUCGGCUAUCGUUUAAUUCUGCACACUCAGGAAUUACUCGGUUUCAAGCUACACUAUAUUUGGUUGGACACCUGGAGCGUUCAGGAUGCAUAUGGUGGAGCUAUUGGUAUGUUGACUAAUGAAUCCGCUGAGCUGUGCACUUCCCCUUUCGUGCCCUCCUGGAAACGCCUUCACUACGUGCAUCUCAUGACGGAGCAGUCCCAGUUCCGGGCGGUCUGCAUGUUCCGUACUCCACACAAUGCCGGCAUUAAGGCAGCCGUGUUCCUGGAGCCCUUCAUGCCGAGCGUUUGGUUCGCCUUCGCCGCACUCCUGAUCUUUGCCGGAGUUUUGCUGUGGCUGAUCUUCAUCCUGGAACGCCAUUGGAUGCAGCGCUGUCUGGACUUUAUUCCCUCACUGCUCAGCAGUUGUCUGAUCAGUUUCGGAGCAGCCUGCAUUCAGGGUUCCUACCUAAUGCCCAAGUCAGCAGGUGGUCGGCUGGCCUUCAUUGCCGUGAUGCUGACCUCGUUCCUCAUGUACAACUAUUACACGUCCAUUGUGGUGUCCACACUGCUGGGAUCUCCAGUCCGCUCCAACAUCAGGACUAUCCAGCAGUUGGCCGACAGCUCCCUGGACGUCGGCUUUGAUAAGGUGCCGUUCACCAAAACAUAUCUGGUGUCCUCGCCCCGACCAGACAUUAGAAGCCUUUACAAACAGAAGGUGGAGAGUAGGCGGGAUCCCAAUAGCGUUUGGCUUUCUCCGGAGGUUGGUGUGAUCAAAGUGCGUGAUCAGCCCGGAUUCGUGUACACAUCGGAGGCCUCCUUCAUGUACCACUUCGUGGAGAAGCAUUACCUGCCGCGGGAAAUCUCCGAUUUGAACGAGAUCAAGUUGCGACCCGAGAGCGCCGUCUACGGAAUCGUGCACCUGAACUCCACCUAUCGACAACUGCUCACCCAGUUGCAGGUGCGGAUGCUGGAAACCGGAAUUAUUUCGAAGCAGAGUCGGUUCUUUAGCAAGACAAAGUUGGAAACGUUCUCCAACAGUUUCGUUAUCCAAGUGGGCAUGGAGUACGCGGCUCCACUGUUCAUAUCCCUCCUGGUGGCCUACUUUUUGGGCCUGCUGAUCCUGAUCUUGGAACUUGGUUGGGCCCGGAUUGUUAAAAAAAAAUUAGCAACCAUUUUACCCAGGAAUCAGUAA